AUGGAGCCCAGGGGAAAAAAGAAUGAAAACACAUAUUAUGGAUAUUUAUAUGCUAUAUGAUCCCAUGGCACACUAUAGUGAGGCAUAUGGCUUUGUUUCCUAUUGGGGAGUGAUCAAUACAGAAAGAAUGGCAUGUUCGCUGCCCCUGCAGUGAGCGCCAAGUCCAGAUGUCACGACCAUGUGCCUCAAGGAGUCAGUGACAGAUUGUUGGUCAUCUAUUGUGCGUCUAACUCAUGUUGCGUUUUCGAUCUCUCUCAAUACGCGUUGGAUGAGGCUGGACGUUAAAGUGAAAGUCGCCUUGCAACAGGUUUUCGAGACACCAAGUGACUUUAAAGGAUCACCUUUGUUGAACACAUACAAGCCAAAAAAAAAAAAAUCUGAAGUUGGAUCAUGGAACCUGCUCAGUCAGAGAUGAACAUCCUAUCCAAUGGGAAAAGUCACGACCUCGGAGACGACAUGGGUGUGCCAAUGAAGACGCUGCUCGAGGAGGAUCAAAAUGGCACUCAAACAGUCAGAUUUGAUGAUCCUGAUGGAGGACUGGAGAAUGAGGAAUUUUUGCCCAGUGCAGAUGGAAAGAAACCUAUACGCUUCACAGAUUUUGAAGGGAAGACCUCUUUGGGCAUGUCUGUCUUCAACCUGGGUAAUGCUAUUAUGGGCAGUGGAAUCCUGGGAUUGGCCUAUGCCAUGGCCAACACUGGCAUACUCCUCUUCUUGUUUCUUCUGACUGCAGUGGCAGCCCUGUCAUCUUACUCCAUUCAUCUGCUGCUCAAAUCCUCUGGCAUUGUGGGAAUUCGAGCUUAUGAACAGCUGGGGUACAGAGCCUUUGGCACUCCUGGAAAAAUGGCUGCUGGUAUAGCAAUUACCCUGCAGAAUAUUGGAGCGAUGUCCAGCUACCUCUACAUUGUUAAAUCUGAGUUACCGCUGGUCAUCCAGGCUUUCCUGAAGGCAGAUCCCAACUCUGAUCUGUGGUACAUGAAUGGAAACUACCUGGUCAUCAUGGUCUCUGCCAGUAUCAUCCUGCCCCUGGCUUUAAUGAAGCAACUUGGUUACCUUGGUUAUACCAGCGGAUUUUCUCUCAGCUGCAUGGUGUUCUUUCUCAGCGCAGUUAUCUAUAAGAAGUUUCAGAUUCCCUGCCCGUUCGAGGAGUUCUCAGCCAACAGCACUGCUGCCCACCUCAGCGUGAACGUCUCAAGCCACGGCCACGAGUACAACAAUGGUCUGGUUCACGCGGACGACGAAGACUCUCACUGCUACCCACGCAUGUUCACCAUCAACUCACAGACAGCAUACACCAUCCCCAUCUUGGCUUUCGCCUUUGUAUGCCACCCUGAGGUCCUGCCCAUCUACACCGAACUCCGCAAUCCAACACAGAAGAAGAUGCAGAAGGUGUCAAACAUCUCCAUCUUAGUCAUGUACACCAUGUACUUUCUAGCAGCCCUCUUUGGCUACCUAACCUUUUACGACAAUGUGGAGCCUGAACUGCUGCACACUUACAACCGGAUCGAUCCUUAUGACACUUUGAUCCUGUGUGUGCGAGUGGCCGUCCUCACCGCUGUCACACUGACCGUCCCUAUUGUGUUGUUCCCCGUGCGUAGAGCCAUCCAGCAGAUGUUAUUCCCCACCAAGGCUUUCAACUGGUUGCGUCACAUUGCCAUUGCUCUCAUUCUGCUCACCUCCAUCAACAUGCUGGUGAUAUUUGCUCCAAACAUUCUGGGCAUCUUCGGCAUCAUUGGUGCCACGUCGGCUCCCUGCCUCAUUUUCAUCUUCCCUGCUGUUUUCUACAUCCGCAUCGUCCCCAAAGAUGAUGAACCCAUGAACUCCGUUCAUAAGAUUGUGGCUGUCUGUUUUGCUGCCCUGGGCGUCUCCUUCAUGGUAAUGAGUCUGAGCUUCAUAUUCAUCGACUGGACAACGGGGAGCAGCCGUGCUGCAGGAGGCCACUAGAGGUUGCUUCAGUGUGUGUGGGCUUAGGAAACGGGGAAAAAGAACUGGUUAGUGUAAAGGGAGCACUACCACCUCAGUGGGUACACACUACAGGGUUGUCCAGCACACAGUAACAGUAAUAUACAGUAUUGUAUGUGGGUUGGAAUCACACUUUGACUAAUCCAAGUUGAAUUAGCUUUUUGACUGUAACUUAACGCAUAUCUGAAUCCUUUCACAAAAAAGUUCAGUAAUUCAGCUUAACGUAGUGCAAUGAUGAUGUAAUUUAUAUGAAUAAUCAGGACUGAACAGGGUCUUUUUUUAUGAUCUGUUUACCAUCUGUUUGUGCGUCCACAUUCACGAUGGUGAAAUGGUCCUUUCCUGUUGCUUCCUCUUUAUUUACACGCAAACAGCUGCAGCUGGUACUGUAAAGAAAAAAAGUUGGUAUGAUUGUCUUUUAGACCGGAGAGAGGGAGGCAUCAAGAUAAACAUAAGAGCUAUAACUUAAUCACUCAGAACUUAUUUUUACACAAAUAUGAAUUAUUUUCCAUGAGACGCACAAAACAGGACUCAUCCUGAACCAGCAGCACUCUGAACUGUACAUCAUCGUGUAAUAUAAAACAAAAAGUGCUUUAAAGCCUUAAAGCGCAGAUGACAUUUCAUUUUCAUGAUCUGUCAAUUGCCAGAGUUGUUAUGUAGUGUUGUAUCAUGCAGUCUAAGCUUUUGUUCCAUAUGCAUAAAUCAGCAAUUUCUUCACAAACCCUGGUGCCUUUCUGCAUUUGGAACAGCACAGAAACAUAUAAACAGGAGUGUAUAUUUAUUUAGCUACUAUAACUGUGUUUUUAAUUUCAAAUGGAUUCUAUUUAACUACUGCAUAUGAUGGAAUUAAUGAUAGCUUACAGUAUAUAGUUAAUGGAAGGUGUUACAGACAGACAAUACUUUGAAUGUUUGAUGAAAUAGAAAGAGCUUGAUUUAAGGAUCUGAUACCUCCCUUUGUAAAACUUUUAGCACAUAUACGCCAAACUGUGACCUUGAAUAUAAACCAAGCAGAGUUCAAGUAUACCCUGACCCUUCACCUUUGAGUCUAGCUCAUAAACCUCUAUGAUUAUUUCCCCCCUUUAAAUUUCUCAUUAAAUUCUUAUGAAUUCAGAAACUACCUUUUCCAUAUGAUAUGGAAUCCAUGACUUUGUUGCAGUUUUCCUCACUUGUGUUUAGUAAGUGAGGAAAAUAUGGCAUUGAAGAUAAGAUAGUCUUUUAUUAGUCUCACAGUGUUACAGCAGCAAAGUGGACAGUACAAAAAAGAAAACUGAAAAAUGCCAAUAUGAAAUACUUAAAAAGGAAAAAUAAUUGAUAAUAAUAUAAUACUUGGCCAUGGAGAGCGUUUUGGUUGUACUUACCCAAGUUUUGAGAUGCUUUAUAUGGAUAAAAGUAUGUAGACACUUGAGCAAUAUACAUAUCUCAAAACUUAU